CCACUUCCAAUCUAGAACUCCACUCUGUUCCACACUCUCUCCAGACGUCUGGUCAGCUGACUUUCACUGGAGCAGCUGUGUGCAGUCGCUCUCUGUCUAUCGCACUUAUCAUAAAGCACAACCAGCAAAGGCGAUAGGGAGCAGAAAAUCCCGACAGAAAACCCCUGAUCCGCUCAGGACAUUAUUUAUCCAUCUGGACGUGCUGCGUUAGGUAACACGGCAUGGCCAUGGACCGUACGCCAUUCCUGCUGAUAAUGCUGACGACUUUGUCGUUCGCCAUCGAGGUGCCAUCCGAUGACUCACUGGGCUUGUUGGCGGAGCCCCAGGUGGCCAUGUACUGUGGGAAGCUCAACAUGCAUAUCAACGUCCAGAGUGGCAAGUGGGAACCAGAUCCAACUGGCACCAAGAGCUGCAUCGGCACCAAAGAGGGCAUCCUUCAAUACUGCCAAGAGGUCUACCCAGACCUGCAGAUUACUAACGUAGUGGAGGCCAACCAGCCUGUCAGCAUCCAAAACUGGUGCAAAAUGGGUCGCCCCCAAUGCCGCAGUCACACACACAUUGUGGUCCCCUACCGCUGCCUGGUUGGGGAAUUUGUGAGCGACGCCCUGCUUGUCCCAGAUAAGUGUAAGUUCCUGCACCAGGAGCGAAUGGACAUGUGCGAGAGUCAUUUGCAUUGGCACACAGUGGCCAAAGAGUCCUGCGGUGACCGCUCCAUGAAUCUCCACGACUACGGUAUGCUGCUGCCUUGUGGCAUCGACCGUUUCCGUGGUGUAGAGUUUGUCUGCUGCCCUGUGGAGGAGCAGAAAGUGUUGGACAGCGAGGAGCAGGAGGAGGCCAACUCAGAUGUGUGGUGGGGUGGUGCAGAGACCGAGUAUACUGACAGCAGCGUGCUGAGAGAACAGGUUACAACCAAACCUGAGCCUGUCGUGACCGAGGACGAUGAGGAUAUGAAUAAUGAGGAAGAGGAGGUAUGGGACAAUGAUGAGGAUGGUGACGGUGAAGAUGAUGAAGAUGAUGAGGAUGGUGAUGAUGAAGACACCACAGAAGAACAGGACACCAGUGAGCAGACCUUCAAUGUAGCCAUGACAACCACCACCACCACUACCACCACAGAGUCUAUAGAGGAGGUUGUGCGAGUGGUGUGCUGGGCCCCUGCUCGGACGGGGCCGUGCCGUGCCAAGCUGCCCCGCUGGUAUUUUGUGGUGGAGAUGGGCCGAUGCGCCCCCUUCAUCUUUGGGGGCUGCGGGGGCAACCGCAAUAACUUUGAAUCAGAGGAGUACUGCAUGGCUGUCUGCAGCAGCAGUGUGUUGCCCACCAUGGCCCCGAGCCCUGCUGAUGCCGUGGAUCGUUACCUGGAAGCUCCAGGAGAUAUGAACGAGCACACCCGCUUCCAGAAGGCCAAGGAGAGCCUGGAGGCCAAACACAGAGAGAAAAUGUCAGAGGUGAUGAGAGAAUGGGAGGAGGCAGAGAGACAAGCUAAGAAUCUUCCUCGUGCUGAUAAGAAGACCAUCAUUCAGCGCUUCCAGGAGAGGGUGGAGGCAUUGGAGAAGGAGGCGGCUGGUGAGAGACAGCAGCUGGUGGAGACUCACAUGGCACGAGUGGAAGCUCUGCUUAAUGACCGUCGCCGCCAGGCCCUGGAAAUCUACCUGAGUGCCCUGCAGUCUGACCAGCCACGACCUCGGCAGGUCCUUAAUCUGUUGAAGAAGUACAUUCGUGCGGAGCAGAAAGACAGACAACACACUCUCAAACAUUUUGAGCAUGUGCGUGAGGUGGAUCCCAAGAAGGCAUCCCAGAUUCGACCAUUUGUGAUGACCCACCUGCGUGUGAUUGAAGAACGUAUGAACCAAUCCUUGGGCUACCUCUACAAGGUUCCACAAGUGGCUACUGAAAUCCAGGACCAAGUGGCAAUGCUGAUACAGCGUGACCAGGCAGAGGUCACUCAACAGCUGUCCUCUCUCCAGAGUAAGAUGAGGGUGAGCUACGGGAAUGAUGCCCUUAUGCCGGACCUGCCUGACAGCACCACUCCCCUGGACACCCUGCCUCCAGAUGAAGACGGCCUGGGCUUCAUCCACCCUGAAAGUUUCAACCAGGCUAACACUGACAAACAUGUUGAACCUGUAGAUGCCCGUCCAAUUCCAGAUAGGGAUCUGCCCACAAGACCUGAAAUUCCCAAGGUUCGGCUGGACAUUGAGGAAAGGCAUAACGCAGGUUAUGAUGUCCGUGACAAGAGACUGAUGUUCCUUGCAGAAGACAUGGGCUCCAAUAAGGGAGCCAUCAUUGGGCUAAUGGUGGGUGGAGUUGUCAUCGCUACUGUCAUUGUAAUCACACUUGUUAUGCUAAGGAAGAAGCAGUAUACUUCCAUCCACCAUGGAGUCAUUGAGGUGGAUGCAGCAGUGACCCCAGAGGAACGCCAUCUCACAAAGAUGCAGCAGAACGGCUAUGAGAACCCCACCUACAAGUUCUUUGAGCAAAUGCAUAACUAAAGAACCACUUCAGAACCCUGCACUCCCCCACACCACCACCAUCACCCCACUGCAUCAGGACAGAGAGCACAGACUGAUGCCUCAUAUACACUAUAUAGUCAGCUCUGUCACCAUGAAGAUGGCUUCCAUCACAUGACCAUUCCAUCCAACUGAUCAAGAAAAGGGAUACAUCAUUGUUGCCAAUUCAGCCAUCUGUCAGUCAGAUGGUCCAUCUGUGUGCUCCAGUGCUCUUGCACCUGUCCAUCACAGUACUGUGCGGUGAAUGAAGUGUCCUCUGCUCUGUUCUCUUGGCCUAUACUUCCCUUCUAACCUACCCAAAGUCCUUGUCUUCUCGCCUCCAUCCAUUUUUCCCUCCUCUUUUGGCUCUAUUUUUGUUGCUCUUAUGAAACUUUUAUAAAGAUGACCCAAAAAUGUAUAUUCUGUCAUCAAUUACUCACCCUUAUUUUCUAUCAAUCUUGUAUGACUUUGCCAUCAGAAAAGGAAAUGUUAAGCAGAAUCACCAUUUACUACCUUUGCAUGGAAAAAAACAAUGCAAUGAAAGUGAAUGGUGACUGAGGUUGUCCUUAACAAUAUCCCUAUUGUGUUCCACGGAAGAAAGUCAUACAGGUUUGGAAUAACAUGAGUAUAUGAUUUUAAGCACUUAUAUUUCCUAUUCUUUUUGCAUAUUCUUCCUCCUUUCUUUUUCCCUGGGCACUCAGAUGUUUCGUUGGCUACAUGAGGCUCUAACCGCUGCAACAACCAGUUGCAGAAUAAUGUACUCAUUGCUAAAGGGAGUUAACCCAAAAAAGAAAAUUCAGUUAUCAUUUACACACCCUCAUGUUGUUCCAAACCUGUAUGACAUUCUUUCUGCUGUAAAACACAAAAGAUUAUGUUAGGAAGUGUUAAGUGACCAUUAGUUUUCAUUGUACCUUUUUUCCAUUCAAUGAAAGUGAAUGGUGAUUGUCGUUCUCUCUAACAUCUCCUUUGGUGUUCCACUGAGAAAAAGGCAUAUGGGUUUGGAACAACAUGAUGGUGAGUAAAUGAUAACAGGAUUUUCAUUUUUGAGUUAAUAUUCCUUUAAAAUGUACAUUUCAGGAUUGUGUCAUUCCACCUUUUCUUUGGGGAUAAAAAACAAAAAUAAAGCUUUUAAAAAAAUGUAAAAAGCAUAACAUUUACAGAUAUAAGAAAUGAAUGUUUUUAUUUUGUUUGUAAUAUGUAUUGAAAUAAGGCAGAAACUAGCUGUACCUAUAUAGUGCAUGGCAAUUAUAACAGAGAGAAGGUUCUGGAUCCAAACACAGACUUCAGCCUCUCUCAUGUAGAGAUUUAGCUGGAUUGUAAAUUUUAGUGUCUUCUUGUGAUCACAUAAUUUUAAAUAAGUGGAAAAAAAAAACUGCUUGGCUUCGUCAUCACAGAGACAUGCUUUAAAAGAAGUGUGUGCUUUUUCUUUUGGACCAUGCCACACACACUUAAAUGGUUGCAUGGGGCUGGAAAAGAUGUAUGUAUUGUAUUAUGGAGUGUAAUAUUAGUCCAUGUUUUGUUAACGCCCUACGCACUCUGCAUUUUUUUAAAGGGUCUGCACCCCUUUGUCUCAUUAAGGUUUAUUCCAUGUCGGGAUCUGGUAUGGGACCGGGAUUAGGGAAUGGAGAUGUGGAGUGGUGGGAUUUUGCUUAGAAAUAUCCACCAUUUUGGAUUGUGUAAUUUUUGUCCCACUUUCCUCUUUGUAUUCCCUAGUGUCUGUGAUAUUCACGAACACAUUUUGGGACAGAAAACACCUCACCUUUCCCCCUUUUUAUUGUUUCACUUAAGUAUCUCAACACCUUACAUGCCAGAGCAGGUGACCCAUAGGAAGGAUGGAUGGGAAAUAACAAUGCAAAUCUGCCAUGCAGUCUUUCGAAAAGAUCUCCUAAUGAUUUACUUUGAAAGUGGCAUGAUUAGAAAAGAAAAUUGAAGGAAAAUGUGUCAACUGUUGUAUACUUCAUUCUAUGAGGCAUCAAAUGAUUCAAACAUUGCUCAUGACUUUCCUGUGUAGAAUUACCUUUGCUCUAAAAAUCUGGUGUUGUGCUGAUUAGUGGAUACUAUUAAGGGUGUGUCUGUGGUCAGUAGGGAACAGCGAAAGCUCUUUCUGUGAACUUUUCCUUAAGUAUCUGUUCAAAGCAUUGGCUUAAAAGGGGGGAAAGCUUUCUACACUGUAACCAUGAAUAAAGUUUUGAAUGUACAUACAAA